AUGAAUGGCAUAGCAACAUCAUUAGCUUCCACUAGCAGGACUUUGGAAGACCUUCAUGCUCACAAGAAUGGUUUGAAAUCUGAAGAAAAGUUCAUCUUGUAUAUUACGCGUUUUCGACUUGUUGAAACGGCUGAGGAGACAUCACAGUGGUCUUCACGUAGCAAGCAACAGUGGGAUGCAACAAACCCUAUUAUAAUACACGUUAAAUCCAAACUGGUUCGAAUUGGAAGUACUCCUCCUAAGAUGAUAAAAUACGACCGACAGGGAUGGACAGGUGCUGAAUGGGGAUUAGAGUCUGGGUUUGAAGUUCCUAUCCAUGAGGAACCUAUGUUAUUGAUUGAAGUAGCAAGUACGAAACAUCCCAACAUCAUAAUUGGGUUAGGCGCCUUCAACGUGCAGUCAAUCGCAACGGAGUCCAAUCAGUAUUUAAGAUAUUGCUUGCACAUUACUCCAACCAAAACCGCUAUAGAUUCUGAAGCAGUUCAUGCGGUACUAGAUGUAGAAAUACACAGCAGCCUGUUGGAUGAACCCCCGGAAAGUAACUACAUGCCACUGGAAUAUAACUACACUGCGGUACGGGUCUCAACAAUGGAUCUUUACUACCCACCUUUUUUGCUCUCAGAUGCCGGUCAGUACAUUGUCUCCAAUGUUAUUUGCGUUAUGAAUAUGACUGAAUCCAGCUCCUUGGCCAUGCAACUAGUGCCUUUGAAAGAGGCUUCGGUGUAUAUUAAUAUUGAGCCUCCAAACGUCAUUACGGUGAGACCACAGCAACGGAUGUAUUUCAGUGCGACGUGGAUUCAUUCUCAAAAGGCCUGUAUGAGGGCUCUUGAAAUUAGGUUAGUGGUGAAUGGCUUGCAGCGACCUUCCGCACCGAUUGUUAUCAAAGCGCACCUCACGAUUCCUCAGCCCACCACAACGAAUAUUCCAUACCAUUACUGGGUAAACACCACUUGCAUUACAAACCGAUCUAUACUCGCUUCGCAAGAGCUUCCUAUUCUCCGUGCCAUCCUUCCCGUCUAUCGUGUUUUAAGCAGUAGCGGGUUUGUUGACCCGACUGAAGGUAUGAUCGUGGCGUUUGACAAGGACAAGGGGGAGCAAGUUCUGUUGAGGAACGAUGGUAUGCCGCUGACGAUGAGCCGCCCCGGUAGCCAAUGGAGCAAGUUAGCAAUGGAUUCAGCCCUCCGAAGGGAUGGGGUAAUACAAGGAAUUGAUAUUUCUCAGACAAAUAUCACGGACCUCUUUUCUGAGUCACUUCUCAACGCGAACGGCUCCUUUGUCGUACAAGAAGCAGACCAAGUUGAUUCAUUCCCGAUGCGGAGGCCUCUUCUGAAUCUUUACCAGAAAACAUGCAUGUGCACAAUUGUCUUAGGAACUAUCUACGGAUUCCCCAUGGUUUUGGGGUUGUCGACGGGUAUCUCGCCGUCUUUUCAAGUCAGCAUUACUCUACUUGACCAAAAAGGCUGGCAAAUUGUUAUAGGUGAUACGCUACCGAGCUAUCAAAGUGCCAGUGGAAGCCUGCGAUGGAUAGAGCAUCUGGUGCUGCUCAAAUGGCCCGGCGCAGACUCAACUCAGUUUAUUCGGUUGAACCUAACGGAGGUUCGGCCGCAAGACGGGGAUGAAACCCCAAUUGGAGCUGGACUCAUAUCGCUAAAUAGAAUGGAUCGAAUCCAUGCUAUGAACUCACUUAGUGUUGCCUUUUAUGUGUAUGAGACGUAUUCCCUGUACGACCAACUAAACUCAUCCAGUCUGCUUAUGAAGGACGUCAAGGUGAUUUUCUCGGAGAUGCGUUAG